GGCGGCCCCAGGACUCGGCUGCUCCAGGACUCGGCGGCUCCGGCGCUUGGUGGCCCCGAGGGUCCCGCCACACGAGGCCAGCAGAGCCGCGGUGGUCGCGGUCCCCCUGCCAGGACACAUCGAGUCCGUUCUUGUCCCCCCCGGCCCCGGUCCCGCCAUGAAGGCCAUGAGCCCGGUGCGCUCCGUGCGGAGCUGCUACGAGGCCGUGUGCUGCCUCUCGGAGCAGAGCUUGGCCAUCGCCCGCGGCAGCAGCAACAAGAGCCCCGCGCUCGAGGAGCCCAUGAACCUGCUCUAUGACAUGAACGACUGCUACUCGAAGCUGCGGGAGCUGGUGCCGGGCAUCCCGCAGGGCACCAAGGUGAGCCAGGUGGAGAUCCUCCAGCACGUCAUCGACUACAUCUUCGACCUGCAGAUCGUGCUGGAGGAAGAGGCCAAGGGCCGGGACUCUUCCUCCGAGGCUGCCCUGCUCUCCCUCAAGGCRGCCGGGCUCGCCUCCGAACUCUGCGCCAAAGACGAGAGGAGUUUGUGUCACUAACGUCGUCCCUAUCAGCAAACAGGCAGCGAGUGCCGGUCCCCGAUUCGUUAUCAGCCGGAGGUAAAUAGCCGCUUCCUCCGCGGCGCCAGCCUGUCUGCGGAGCUGCCUCUGAAGUGCCGGCCCUGGGAGCGACAGAGCCCUUUCUGUGCCCGUGUCCCCCGCGGGGGGGCCCUGCCGCCCGCGCCCACCGCCCUGGCGCUCUUCAGCCUCCUCCUCCUCCUCGGCUCCGGUUUCGUCCUCCCAAGGAGCUGCCAGGGCUACCUGCCCGGCUCGGAGCCGCCGAGCCAACCGCAUCCUCGUCCCAGCGCCGAGUUCUGAGCAUCGCUAGUAAAAUCCCGGCUUGUUUCUUAGGACUUAAAACCAGAACAAAUAUAAACAAGACACUUUUUAAAAUCUUUUUUUUUU